AUGAAGAAGCAUAAGAUCACAGCCUUUGUCAAAGAACUAAACGUACGCAUGAAGAAAGAACCGAUCACUCUCCGAUACAUUCACAUCCUCGGCACAGUCAUCUUCUUCUCCUCCGUCUCCUCUCUCGUUAUCCUCCUCGCUCUUUACCUUAACCAACGCCUCCAAACCUCACUCUUCCUCGUCGACGAUCUCUCCUCAAAUCCUCUCACUUCUCCUUCUCUCUCUCUUCUUCCUCCUCCUCCUCCUCCUCCUCCACGCAGCUCCGGUAAUGAUGUGGAGGAAGAAGAGGUAAUGCGACGAGCAGCGAUGGCGCCACGUGACGCAAUGAUGAUCGGGGCUCAUCCAAAGGUUGCGUUCAUGUUUCUGACCAGGUGGAAUCUGCCUUUGUCCCCUCUUUGGGAAUUGUUCUUCAAAGGACAUGAAGAUUUUUAUUCCAUUCACGUUCAUACCUCGCCGGAGUUCACCGAGGAACCACCGAAAUCUUCAGUGUUUUACAAGAAACGUAUACCAAGCAAGGCCGUGGAAUGGGGGAAAUCGUCGAUGAUGGACGCAGAGAGACGUCUUUUGUCUCACGCGCUUCUAGAAACUUCCAACGCUCGUUUCGUGCUCCUCUCCGAGACAUGCAUACCUCUCUUCAACUUCACCACGAUCUACACUUACCUAACGCGCUCCACUCGCUCUUUCCUCGGCUCAUUCGACGACCCGAGGCCCAUGGGGAGAGGCCGUUACACCUCUAAAAUGCUCCCACACGUGUCGCUCUCCGACUGGCGGAAAGGAAACCAGUGGUUCGAGGUCUCACGGAGAAUCGCCGCAGAGAUCGUUUCCGAUCGCCGGUACUACGCAGUCUUUAAGGAACAUUGUCGACCACCGUGUUACAUCGACGAGCAUUACCUUCCGACGUUGGUUAACAAAAUCUGCCCUGAGAUGAACUCGAACCGGAGCGUGACGUGGGUGGAUUGGUCAAGGGGUGGGUCCCAUCCAGCGAGGUUUGUGUGGAAGGAUAUCCGGGUCGAGUUUUUGGAUGGGAUCCGGUUUGGGUCGAAUUGUAGCUACGAGGGUGAUGAUGUGACGAAUGUGUGUUUUCUUUUCGCGAGGAAGUUUCACGUGAGCACUCUCGAGCCUCUCAUGAAGAUUGCUCCAUACUUGUAUGGAAUUUAA